CCUGCGGCUUUUUUCUUUCCCUCCUUUUCGACCUUCCACCUUCACCAGUAUCCGAAGCCUCACGAAACUCUCACAAUGUCUGUAGCGCGUCUUUCCUCCUCUGCUCUGAGGACCUCCCUCAGAGCCUCCCCUUUCAAGGUGUCUGCUUUCAACGCUGCCCGCUGCUACUCUUCCAAGAACCAGACCUUGAAGGAGCGCUUCGCUGAGCUCCUCCCCGAGAAGAUUGAGGAGGUCAAGGCUCUGAGAAAAGAGCAUGGCUCCAAGGUCAUCGACAAGGUCACUCUCGACCAGGUCUACGGUGGUGCCCGUGGCAUCAAGUGCCUCGUCUGGGAGGGUUCCGUCCUUGACGCCGAGGAGGGUAUUCGUUUCCGCGGCAAGACCAUCCCUGAGUGCCAGGAGCUCCUCCCCAAGGCUCCCGGUGGCAAGGAGCCUCUUCCUGAGGGUCUCUUCUGGCUUCUCCUGACCGGUGAGGUCCCUACCGAGCAGCAGGUCCGCGACCUGUCCGCCGAGUGGGCCGCCCGCUCCGACAUCCCCAAGUUCGUCGAGGAGCUCAUCGACCACUGCCCCACCGACCUUCACCCCAUGGCCCAGUUCUCGCUGGCCGUCACCGCCCUCGAGCACACCUCGUCGUUCGCCAAGGCCUACGCCAAGGGUGUCAACAAGAAGGACUACUGGGGAUACACCUUUGAGGACUCCAUGGACCUGAUUGCCAAGCUGCCCACCAUUGCCGCUCGCAUCUAUCAGAACGUCUUCAAGGGCGGCAAGGUCGCCCCCGUCCAGAAGGACAAGGACUACUCGUUCAACUUCGCCAACCAGCUCGGCUUCGGUAACAACACCGACUUCAUUGAGCUCCUCCGUCUCUACCUGACCAUCCACACGGACCACGAGGGUGGCAACGUCUCUGCCCACACCACCCACUUGGUCGGCAGUGCUCUGUCCUCCCCCUUCCUGUCCGUUGCCGCUGGUCUCAACGGUCUGGCCGGCCCUCUCCACGGCCUGGCCAACCAGGAGGUCCUCAACUGGCUCACCGAGAUGAAGAAGUCCGUUGGCGAUGACCUUAGCGACAAGGCCAUCACCGACUACCUCUGGUCCACGCUGAACGCUGGCCGCGUCGUCCCCGGUUACGGCCACGCCGUCCUCCGCAAGACCGACCCCCGCUACUCGGCCCAGCGCAAGUUCGCUCAGGAGAAGAUGCCCAACGACCCCAUGUUCCAGCUCGUCAGCCAGGUCUACAAGAUCGCCCCCAAGGUCCUCACCGAGCACGGCAAGACCAAGAACCCCUUCCCCAACGUCGAUGCCCACUCUGGUGUCCUCCUCCAGUACUACGGUCUCACCGAGGCCAACUACUACACCGUCCUCUUCGGUGUCUCCCGCGCCAUCGGUGUCCUUCCCCAGCUCAUCAUCGACCGCGCCCUUGGCGCGCCCAUCGAGCGCCCCAAGUCCUUCUCCACUGCCAAGUGGGCCGAGCUCGCCAAGAAGCUUUAAGUGUGUAGGCGAAGUAGGAAAUUGGAGUGCGGAAAACAGGGAGCAGAUGGCGGACGCGAGUAAAGUUGCGUGCGCGGAAAAGGCAGCAGGGUCGCCCGAGCGAUCAACAAUAGACAUGGAAGGCAGUGUGUUGUUUCAGUCGGAGUGGCUAGAAAGGCUCCGGGCGAUACGAUGCACUGCGCUUGUACAAUAUCGAGAAGGGCUGCUUUUACCGGGAAUUUCUGGGUUGUUUUAGUUCCCAUUUGCCGAGGCAGGCUUGCGUCCGGAAUACACCUUAACGAAUUUGAAGUUUACAUCUGAAGUUCAUUCCCUUGACAACUCGGACGACGUCUGUUCGUGAAGACCACAGCGCACG